AUGGAAAAUCCAUCAAGCACGUUUACGUUCGAUGCAUCGCAGGACAUGACGAGCAUGCACCCCAACACGCCGUCCGACUUGCCCACAGAAAUUAUCUCGGACCAGCCAGAGAAAAUAAAACUAAUUUGGGGAACCACCAUAAACAUAUCGGAAACAAUUGAGACCUUCAAAGACAUUCUUGACAAGCACUACCAAAGCAAAAUACGGGCCAUGAUUAGUUUGGAUCAGAACACGCUGUUCAUCGAUGACCUGCACGAGUUGAACCAGAUGUGUGUGAACUACCCGUCGGAAAUCAUUCCAAUUCUGAGCAAAGGACUGAACGAGUACAUAUUGGAGAAGGAACCCAGUUUUAGGCAGACCGAUGUUGAGGUUGGGAUCGAUGCACCUGCCAUAUCUCUGAGAAAGCUGUGCCCGUCAAGGAUCGACAAGGUGGUGCGUAUAAAGGGGAUUGUGAUGCGAGUUUCGGCUGUAAUUCCGGAGUUGACCAAGGGAUGCUACGUGUGCUCGAAUUGCGGGAAGAGAGUGGUAAUCGAGAAGAUAAAGAACGUGAUUCAGGAACCGGGUGCAUGCGACUGCGGCAGUUUCUUCAGCUAUUCGCUGAGUUAUGAGCAAUCUGAGUAUUUGGACAAGCAGGUCAUCAAAAUACAGGAGAUGGAAAGUGAGCAGGAGCCAAUGUGCUUCAAUGUGGUAUCGUAUGCAAUUGACAGGGUGAUGCCCGGUGAUCGUGUAGAGAUCUGCGGGAUUCUCAAGGCGUCGCCGAUUCUCAACCCGUUUACAAAGAAGGUAAAAAAUGUUUUCAGAGGAUACGUGGAGAUGCUUUCCGUGAAGAAGGAGAACGAUGAAAAUGUUGUCGGUGGGGAGGGUAGCACUAUCGGUGCAGAAACACACCAAAAGAACGCAGCGAAAGGAAACAGCACGACAGACAGAAAUGUUGAAGCCAGCGGCACAAGUGCAUACGUGGUAGAUUCCAUGGCACAGGGCAACCGGUAUGAAAAGAUGGCUGAGAUGAUAGCACCGUCCGUGUACGGUCAUCGUGAUGUCAAGAAGGGAAUUUUGCUUAUGAUGGUCGGCGGCGUGCGCAAGAACAAUUUCAACUGCACGUUGCGGGGCAGUAUAAACAUUUUGCUGGCCGGUGAUCCGGGUGUGGCCAAGUCUCAGCUGCUCACAUUUGUGAAUCAGCACACCAAAGGAAUCUACACGAGUGGGCAGGGCAGCUCUGCGGUGGGACUCAGCGCAUCCGUCACAAGGGACGUGGAAACAGGACAAUUUGUGUUGGAGAGUGGUGCGCUUGUGCUGAGUGACCACGGUGUGUGCAUCAUAGACGAGUUUGACAAGAUGAACAACCACAGCCGUGGCGUUUUGCACGAGGCUAUGGAGCAGCAGAGCAUAAGCAUCGCAAAAGCGGGUAUUAUCACAUCGCUUAACUGCCGAUGCAGCAUUUUGGCGAGCUGCAAUCCUGUAAACAGUGUCUGGGACACCAAGAAAUCCAUCAUUGAGAACGUCAACCUGCCGGCCACUCUGCUGAGCAGAUUUGAUCUCAUUUUCAUUCUUCUGGACAGAAAUGACAAAGAACAGGAUGAGCGGACCGCGCGGUUCAUAAUUGACAUAUACGGCGAGCGAUCGGCCUACGACAAAAAUGUGUUGAUGGAGUAUGUUGCGCAGAGCAGAGCAAUAGUGCCGGUGAUAUCGCGAGAAGCGGAAAAGGAGAUUGAGAACAGGUACGUUGAGCUCAGGAGCCUUAACAACGGCAAUACUAUCACGGCCACCACACGCCAGCUUGAAGCGAUCAUCCGGCUGAGCGAGGCGCAUGCACGGGUCCGUCUGAGCGAGGUGGUAGAAAAAGAGGAUGUGGCGGAAGCUGUGAGGCUAAUCAGAGAGUCGAUGCUCAUGUAUGCGAUUGACCCGCUGACCGGCAAGUUGGAUAUUGAUCUGGUGAUGGCGGGUAGAAGUGCCGGGCAAAGAAAGGCCAUGGAGGAGUUGAAGAAGCGAAUACAAGGCAUCGUGAAGAAAAAGAAGAGAUGCACAAUGGCAGAGCUGAUUGUGGAGACCGGAGAGGGCGAGCGUGCUGUCAAGGAAGCGGUUGAUGAAUUGUGUGAUGAAGAGGUGGUUUUCUUAGAGGAGAAUGUGGUGCAAAUCAUUGAAUAA